AUGGCGAUAUUGCCUUUUUGGAGCGCUGUGGCCGUGCUGCUGCUGGUGUUCUGUAGCAUUGCUGAGGAGGUGUACAGGGGGCUCCGACCGCUCACUGUCCAUCCAGGUAGAAUCACCUUUUCGCUCGCAAUACAUAAUGCCGCACUCUCACAACGCUGUGACGUUAUACCCAACAGCUGCAGUGGCAGUGGCAGCGGCGGCGGCGACGGCGGCGGCUGGUGCCUGACCAUUGCGUUGAAGCUGGGGUCCAGCACUAAGGGGGUAGCGAGGCUGUCAGGGUCGCCGGAUGCGCCCGCCCAACAACGGACCACGCGGGGGAGUCCAGCGCACCCGCCGCCGCCGCCGCCGCCGCAACCGUUGCCGCCGGUAAAGCCGGCGACAGGGGGCCCAGUUGCGCAGGUGGCACUGCCGCCGCCGCCGCUGUCGUUGUUGGCGGGUCGUCGGCGCAGCAGUGGCGGCGCCGGGGGUAGGCGGUGGCGGCGUAUGACGCCAGUCAUCGUGAUGGGUAUUCCCACUGUGGAGCGAGCGGUGAUCACCAAGGACAAGGGGGACAAGUUGUUGCGGUACCGCGUACGAACGCGAGUAAUCACGUCCAAGAAGGACUCGGCCAAGACGGCUGUCAGAAACUAA